CCGCGACCGUCGUUACGCACAGCCAUGGCAAGCGUUGGCAUCUUCUGGGACUACGAAAAUUGCCAGUAUACGGCUGGUCGGUCAGGCUUCGAGAUCUCUCGCAAUAUCGAGCGAGUCGCGCUUGAAUAUGGCGUAGUGACCACGUUCAACGCCUACCUGGACAUGCAACACCACAACUUGCCACCCGCCUUCCGUUCCGAAUUGCAGUCGAGUGGCGUGACGCUGGUGGAUUGCCCACAUAAUGGGCUGAAGGACGUCGUGGACCACAUGCUGCAAGGCGCGUUCCCAGUCCUCUGGCCGUUGGUAGAGUAG